CCACGGCAGCAUGACAGAGGUGGUCCUGCUCCAGGGGCUGCUGCUCCUCCUGCCCUUGGCCCUGCUGCUUUACUGCUACAGUGCCUCCAUCCAGUACUUCUGCAAGGUGGCCUUCUUCAACUGCUGGAUUGUCACCUUGGCCACCCUCCUGUCCCCCCUGGCAGCUCUCCGGGGACGUUCUGUGGAGAACAUGAAGCUGCUGCGUGCUGCUCUCCUGCCCCUCAAGCACAUCUAUGGCAUCAAGAUGCAGGUGAGGGGCUCUGAGCAGCUGGACAUCAAGGAGCCCUAUGUGAUAGUCUGCAACCACCAAGCUUCCCUUGACCUCCUGGGCAUGGUGGAGGUGAUCCCCGAGCGCUGCGUGCCCAUCGCCAAGAAGGAGCUGCUGUACCUGGGCACGGUGGGCUGGGCUUGCUGGCUCAGCGGCAUCAUCUUCAUCGACCGCCGGAGGAAGGCAGAUGCCAUCGAGGUCAUCUCCCGGACGGCCAGGACCAUGCUGCGGGACAACCUCCGGGUCUUGAUUUUCCCCGAAGGCACCAGGAGCCAGAGCAGCUCCCUGCUGCCCUUCAAGCGCGGCGCCUUCCACCUGGCCGUGCAGGCUCAGGUUCCCAUUUUCCCUAUGGUCAUCUCCCCAUACUGGGAAUUCUUCAGCUCAAAGGAGAAGAGAUUCACCUCUGGGACAUGCAGCAUCCAGAUCCUCCCCAGGGUAGAAACCCAGGGCCUGACCCCAGCGGAUGUGCCCCAGCUGACAGAGGCUGUGCGCCAGGCCAUGGCUGAUGUCCUCGCCCAGAUGUCCGCAGGGCACCAGCACUCCGCUGCAGCUGGCACUGCCAGGGGCACAGGCAGCCUGCAGUGCCAGGAGGGCACGACCCGGACCAGCAAUUAGGACCCAGGCUGUCAGGAAUGCGAGGGAGGGGACCCAGCCGGAGGCUGAGCCCUGCUGUCCCCUUGUGCCCCGCGGAUGUGCUCCUCGGACCUGCCCCUGCGCUGCUCCGCCUGGCCGGGACCAGAAACUGCUCUGGUGUGAGGCUGCUGGAGGCCUGGAGCAGGCUGCCCAGGGAGGUUGUGGAGCCUCCUCUGCAGAGAUUCCGACCCCCACCUGGCCAUUGUGAUCCUGGGCAAGCUGCUGGGGGGUGCCCUGCUGGAGCAGGGGCGUUGGACUGGGUGACCUGCAGAGGUCCCUUCCCACCCUCACCCUCUGUGUGACUCUGUAACAGUGCCCUGGUGCAAGGGGAAGCAGAGCACUGCAGGGCUGCACUGGGGCACCCCUGAUGGUCUGACUCACUGUGGGGUUCCCUCAUGGGCUUGCUGGGUUGCAUCUUCCAGAGGCUCCUGAGAUGCAGGCAGCCCUGGGGAGGGGUCCAGAGUGCAGUGUGUGGCGUGGGGAGGGGG